UUAUUCAAAGGUUAUGUCCCUUUUUGCCCCCCCCCUCUUCCGGUCAUGAAUAGAUCCUUAUAAAUCAUGAAAAAGUAAGUGUGGAAAGUUAGCUUACAUAGGUGACGUAUAAGCCAUUGCUAUUUUGAGAAAUUUUUAAUUUAACUUAAUGACAGAAAAAUAUGAAUAAUGUAAAACCUUUGAUCGAUAUGACCCUUCUAAAUAAAUAUAAUGUGCAUGCACUUAAAAAGGAAGUUUUCAAACAAUUUUUCAUCAUCUAAUUAUUACCAGGGCGGAUUGAGGAAUUUUGAAGGGGGUGGUACAAUUAAUUCUGGUUUUCAAAAUUGGGGAUACAUCUUAAAGAUGCGUAAUUUAUACUUUUCUUUAGCAAAAUCAUGUGACGAAAGGGGGGGGGUCUAACUCCCGGAUCCCCUCUGGAUCCGCCACUGAUUACAAACUUCAGACAGUCUUUGAUUCCUUGAUGCAUUUGAGUAUGAAUUAUUUUCUUUUAUUUCUAAAGAAUAAAUACUUGUAUCAAUUUCGAAAUUACACAUAAUUGCCUAGUUUAACUUUUUUUUUUAUACUAGCAAGUAUUCUUCUAUCCCAUCAUUCGAACGCAUGAAUUAUCCCCCACCCACCCACCCCCGCCAUUAGGCAACCAGUCCAAGCUGCUACCAUCUCUAUGUGCAAUAUCGAUUGAUAGAUAUAUUAUAGGAUUGAACAUUCUUUUUAAAGAAUUUAUCGAUGUGUAAACUCUGGACAUUUUACUCACAAACGGAGUAAAAGUGCAAGGCACUUUUAUGUUAAGUUUGUGUGUAAAAUGUUCAGAAUUUACACAUAAUAAAUUCUUCCAAAAAAAAAAAAGGUUUGAUUCCCUGUAUUAUCAAUUUCAAAAAUUUGAAUAGUUUUCCCGCACUGUUAUUUGUUUUCAGGCGAGUACAUGUACGUAUGCAUAGCGUUUUUGGAUUUAUUGAUGUGUAAAUUCACGAUUAGAUUUGUUUUUGUCCAAUCAAAACAAUUGUAAUAAAUAACAUUAGAAUUAUACUACAUUAUUUAUCAUUACUUGUUUUUGGCACCAGCGUAUUUUGUUUAAUUUUGUAGGCGGUGGACCAGCGGGAAAGCCUUUAACGUCAUUAGCAGAAGCAGUUGGGAGUGUUAUUGGUACCAACAAUAUAAGUAUCAGUGGGAUCCCUGGUACAGUUGACACAACAUAUCUAAUGCUCGACAGACCAAAGAUCAGCACGGAAACCACAGCGAGUACGAUUGAAUCAGAUGGCCUUGUGACUCAAGAUCUCCAUGUCAUCAGCACCAGUGAAUCUGGAGAUGGGCAGCAACAAAUAAACUUUGUUACUGUCCCACAGCCAAAUGCAUGUCCUACCAAUGUUUGCACCCACACCGUAAUUGACCCGCAUCUGCAAAAGCAGAAGCUAGAACUAGAAAUUGAGAAUCUCACCCUCCGAAACAAGUUUAUACGACUUCAGAUUGAAAGAAUUGAAGGAGUAGAUACAAGUAGUGAAUUAUCAGCGCUUUGACACGAAUUUACUCACAUUUAGUAAUUAUCAAAUAGUUCUAUAAUCUUGAAUUAAAUAAUGUUGCCAGUACUUUUUUGAUUAUUUGUA